ACUAUUAAACCUAAGGUAACGAGAGACCGGACUUUUACUUUAAUACACAGUUAAACAAGACAUCAUAACGAGCUCUUGUGUUUUUAAAAAAUCUCUAUAAUGUGGCUGAUAUUCUGGCCAAUAUUUUUAUACACAUGUUUUGCUUUCGACCUGCGUAAAGAAAGCUGUACAUCUGAUUUAAAAAUUAAUAAUGAUGACUAUCGUCUCGCACAAACUUACGACCUCGGAAAUAAAAAUCCAACUGAUGCUCACUACGACGUCUAUGGAAAUUUGUUCUUUGUACAAAACGAGAGAAAGGAAAACGGUUACACGUUCAACAUUUACGUUUUAAAAAAUAAAUCACCUACACCUGAAAACGUCCCAGGUUUACCCGAAGAUGCGAGCUACUCAGUUGCAUCAGACAAAAAGAACGGUAAAAUUUACUUCGCAACUCAGAAUGGUAUAUACGUUUACGAUUAUAAGAAGCAAUGUGCGGUACCAUAUGCUUUCACUUCUAAUAAUAUAGAUAUGAUCUUCACUGACAAAGAUGGCAAUUUAUACUUCACUGAAAAUGAUGACGGUACCCAAAAGCUUUAUCUCCUGGAUGGAAAAAAUAAAAUUCCAUUCAAAAUGCUAGAAUCAUUGCGAGAACUGGAAAUAGACGACAAAAAUAACUUCUAUUACAUCAAGCAAGACAAACUGUAUCUGCUGAAGUCCACAUCGGUUACGCCAAUUUGGAUUAGCAACGUCACUUCUAGCGACAUGGCCCAGAUAUCGUUCUAUAAAAACACCGUAUUUAUUGCUAAUAAGAAUUUAGGUUUCUUGCAUGAAAACGACACAGGGCGUUUGAAAUACGUAGAAAAUACACCAACAAAUGUAACAACUAUAGCUUUCGACGACACUGGAGACUUUGCACUUGGGCGAAUUGGACAAAUAAUGAAAUAUCAAAAAACCGAAUGUCCCAGCUACGGAAACGAUGCCAAUAAUUACAAAAGCGACUAAAAUUAUGGAAAAUAUUAUAACACAUCUUUGUGGAA